GCGGGGCGCGGGGCGCGGGGAUGGCGGGGCCCGGCUGGGGGCCCCCGCGGCUGGACGGCUUCAUCCUCACCGAGCGCCUGGGCAGCGGCACGUACGCCACCGUGUACAAGGCCUACGCCAAGAAGGACACCCGCGAGGUCGUAGCCAUAAAGUGCGUGGCCAAGAAGAGCCUGAACAAGGCCUCGGUGGAGAACCUCCUGACGGAGAUCGAGAUCCUCAAGGGCAUUCGACACCCGCACAUCGUGCAGCUCAGAGACUUCCAGGUGCGGGCCCGGGGUGGGGCGGCCCCCACGGGGCGCUGGAGGGACGCUCCCUUCCAGCUGCCGUCUGCGUCUGCCUGUCGCCGCAGUGGGACAGCGACCACAUCUACCUCAUCAUGGAGUUCUGCGCAGGGGGCGACCUGUCCCGCUUCAUCCACACCCGCAGGAUUCUGCCCGAGAAGGUGGCUCGCGUCUUCAUGCAGCACUAGUGCCCUGCAGUUCCUACAUGAACAGAAUAUCUCUCACCUGGAUCUGAAGCCACAGAACAUUCUGCUGAGCUCCUUGGAGAAGCCCCACCUUAAACUGGCAGACUUUGGCUUUGCACAGCACAUGUCUCCCUGGGACGAGAAGCAUGUGCUCCGUGGCUCCCCCCUCUAUAUGGCCCCCGAGAUGGUGUGUCAGCGGCAGUACGACGCCCGGGUGGACCUGUGGUCCGUGGGGGUCAUCCUGUAUGAAGCCCUCUUCGGGCAGCCCCCCUUUGCCUCCAGGUCAUUCACGGAGCUGGAAGAGAAGAUCCGGAGCAACCGGGUGAUCGAGCUCCCUCUGCGGCCCCCACUCUCCCGAGACUGCCGGGACCUGCUGCAGCGGCUCCUGGAGCGGGACCCCAACCGUCGCAUCUCCUUCCAGGACUUCUUUGCCCACCCCUGGGUGGACCUGGAGCACAUGCCCAGUGGGGAGAGCCUGGCACGAGCAACCGCCCUGGUGGUGCAGGCUGUGAAGAAGGACCAGGACGGGGACGCCGCAGCCGCCUUAUCGCUCUACUGCAAAGCCCUGGACUUCUUUGUGCCCGCGCUGCACUACGAAGUGGAUGCCCAGCGGAAGGAGGCGAUCAAGGCAAAGGUGGGGCAGUACGUGUCCCGGGCUGAGGAGCUCAAAGCCAUCGUCUCGUCCUCCAAUCAGGCCCUGCUGAGGCAGGGGACCUCUGCACAAGACCUGCUCAGAGAGAUGGCCCGGGACAAACCUCGGCUCCUUGCGGCCCUGGAAGUGGCUUCGGCUGCCAUGGCCAAGGAGGAGGAGACUGGUGGGGAGCAGGAUGCCCUGGACCUGUACCAGCGCGCCCUGGGGGAGUUGCUGGUGCUGCUGGCAGCGGAGCCCACAGGCCGGAGGCGGGAGCUGCUUCACACUGAGGUUCAGAACCUCAUGGCUCGAGCCGAAUACCUGAAGGAGCAGGUCAAGGCCGUCACUUACUCAGGGGCUGCUCGGUGGGGCCCAGGCCCGCCUGGCUCCCCCUCACCCCUGGGCUGCCUGUAUGCCCCACAGAUGAGGGAGUCUCGCUGGGCAGCCGAGACCCUGGACAAGGAGGGACUGUCCGAGUCCGUUCGUACCUCGUGCACCCUGCAGUGACCCCAGAAGGAUGACCGGAUGACCACAAGCCAGCCAUCGCUGCGGACACACCUGGACCGAUGCCCAGGAUCCUGUGGCCCCCUGCAAAGCUACAGAGCAGGCUUCCGGCAUGGGCAGCUCUAAGACACACACCCCCAGGAUACUUGGCACUUCCCAGGUGGCCUGAUGGCCUGUGUCCCCUGGUGGGGAGUGCUGGGCCUUGGCCCGUGGGGGAAGGGGAGCAGGACUCUGGGAGAAGACUUUCCUCUGCGUGACUUCUGUGAUUUAGUGACUGCUGGAUCCUGAGCCUGUCAGUUUGGGGGCCCCGAGCCCCUGGCCUUGCUCUGAGAACAGGGCAGGGGGCCCUCUGCAGGGUGCUUCUCCUCUGGCUCUUCCCUGUCAGCAGACAGCUGUGCCCUGGGCCCACCCUGUCCUUCCCGGCAACCCUUACCACAACUCCCUCCCUCCUGGCACUGGAAUGGGGCACCCCCAGACCCCUCAGGGACCACCCACCCCGCACUGGGCACUCAACCCCACAGAGCUCACCAGGUUUCCUGGGAGCUGACACCUGCCGCCCUCUCGAUAGUUUAAGACAAUCCCUCAGACCUGAAGAUAAUAUACUUUGCAGAGGUGGGACCAAGGCUUGGCCAUGCCUUCUUGUUCCCGCUCUGGCCCAGGGGGCACAAGGAGAGCGGUCCUUAGCCUUUAGCCUUCGCCCCUACUUGCCACAGAGCUGGUCCCGGCCUGGAAGGGGGAGGCAUGGGGGUGCCUGACCCAUCCGGCUGCAGAGGAGCUAGCAACCCAGGAAACCUGGUUCUGGGUCUGCCCUUGCUGCUACUCCAGUGUGUGACCCUGUGCACGUCCCUUCCCCUUUUCUGGACUGAGUCUCCCCAGCUCUACAAUGGGGCUGUGAAUACCUCCUCAGCUCCCCACGUAGGCUUUUAAGAGGACAGCAGUGACUUUAAUCUGGAGAAAAAUGUAUACACGUGGAGUUCUUUGGGGGUUCUUUUAAAAAAAAAGUCCACAAGGGUGCUGGUGAUCUCUGACCUUUGUGCCCUUUAGUGCCUCCUAGGGCAAGAGGUGUCUUCCUUGCAGGAGGCUAGGUGUAAAGAAUAUAAUUCGUUGUUUAUUAAAUUAUUUUCUGAA